UUCUCGUGCUUGUAGGCUUACGCUAUAAAUUGGACUGUCCCCUUCUCAUUUCAUUACCAAAGUAAAGAACAGUUUCUAUCUUUCUCUCUUUAUCUCUCUCACUCACUCACUUUCUCUCUAAAAAAUGGAUUCAAGAAGUCUUGUGCUACUCCUACUCUUCUGCCUCUUGUUCCUUCAUGAUGCUUCUGAUCUCACUCACGCUAAUGCUCACAUUCAUGGACUUCCCUCCCGCAAGAUGAUGAAGAUGGAGAGGGAAUGGGUAGGAGCUAAUGGAGAAGAAGAGAAGGCGAAGAAGAAGGGUUUAGGACUACAUGAAGAGCUAAGGACUGUUCCUUCAGGACCUGACCCGUUGCACCAUCAUGUGAACCCACCAAGACAGCCAAGAAACCAAUCUAAUAUCCCUUGACCUAAUCUUGUUCCUUUUACUUAUUUCAUGUUGUAAAUUACUUUCUGUUUUAUCGGUUUUAUCAUUUUGGGAGUUUUGUUUUUGUGUAACCAGUUUCGUUUGCUAAGCUUGUAGUUUCAUGAAAGUGAAUGUAAGAUAUGCACUACUUUUGUUGCUCACGUUAAUGAAAU